AUGUCUUCCGUCUCAGUCUCCGCCUCUGCUGCCAUCCCCAGCCCUGACGCUUCGAUCACCAUCUCCCCCAUCGCCUCCGCCUCCGCCUCCGUCUCCGCCACCGCAUCCGCAUCCGUCGGUGUCCCAACCACCACAACCGCCCCUCUCGUCCCCUCCGUCGUUCCUUCCACCGGCGCUAACGUGACCGCGACCAUUGCUCCUACCCCUAGCUCCACCACCAAGCCCUCGUCUGCCACUAGCUUGCAGAAGAAGAUCUCCUUCGGUUUGGUCGCCAUGGUCAUCCUUCCCGCUGUCCUCAGCGCUCUGUAA